CACCGCCGCCGCCGCCUCCUCGCAGUGCAGCGUGAGUAGGGAGCCCCGGCUGGUGGACGCCGAGCCUUUCAGCUCCACGGCCGCCUCAUCCGAGAGGUGCAGCUGCACCUCCGCGUGGCGCCCUAAGUCCUACGAGCCGUCUGCGGACGCGCGGAGGACCGAGCCCCUGUUCUCUGCGCUUCCCGCUGCCCCUCGCUACCCCCCCUCGACCCUUCUGCAGCCUCCCUUUCCUUUCCCCCUCGGAAAAUGGUUCCCGCUGCCGCGCUUAGAUGUGUACAUCUCAUGAUUGAUGUGAAGAAAUGAGUCAUGGACCAAAGGUCAAGAUACUUCUCUGGGAAAUGUUGCUGCUGAUGCUGCUUUACAAAGUCACACAAUGAAGUGUUUGGUUUAAGAAGGAUUUUCAUAUUUAAAAGAUUUUCAUCUUGGAAAUAUAUCAAGUGAAAAUUAGAUUUUUUUGGGAAACAUUUUCCUCCUAAUAAAUUAUACUUGUAAUGGGCGACAUGGCAAACAACUCAGUUGCAUAUAGUGGUGUGAAAAACUCUUUGAAAGAAGCUAAUCAUGAUGGAGACUUUGGAAUUACGCUCGCAGAGCUGCGGGCUCUCAUGGAGCUCAGGUCCACAGACGCAUUACGAAAAAUACAGGAAAGUUAUGGAGAUGUCUAUGGAAUUUGCGCCAAGUUGAAAACGUCUCCUAAUGAAGGCUUAAGUGGAAACCCUGCAGAUUUAGAAAGAAGAGAAGCAGUGUUUGGAAAGAACUUUAUACCUCCUAAAAAGCCAAAAACCUUUCUUCAAUUAGUAUGGGAAGCAUUACAAGAUGUCACUUUAAUUAUAUUAGAAAUCGCAGCCAUAGUAUCUUUGGGCCUUUCUUUUUAUCAACCUCCAGAAGGAGAUAAUGCACUUUGUGGAGAAGUUUCUGUUGGGGAGGAAGAAGGUGAAGGUGAAACUGGUUGGAUUGAAGGAGCUGCAAUCCUCUUGUCAGUGGUGUGUGUGGUAUUAGUUACAGCUUUCAAUGACUGGAGUAAGGAGAAACAGUUCAGAGGUUUGCAGAGUCGAAUUGAACAAGAACAGAAGUUCACCGUCAUCAGGGGUGGGCAGGUCAUUCAGAUACCUGUGGCUGACAUUACUGUUGGAGAUAUUGCUCAAGUGAAAUAUGGCGAUCUUCUUCCAGCUGAUGGCAUACUUAUUCAAGGCAAUGAUCUUAAAAUUGAUGAAAGCUCCUUGACUGGUGAAUCUGAUCAUGUUAAGAAGUCUUUAGAUAAGGAUCCCUUACUUCUAUCAGGUACUCAUGUGAUGGAAGGCUCUGGAAGAAUGGUAGUUACUGCUGUAGGUGUCAAUUCUCAAACUGGAAUUAUCUUUACCUUACUUGGAGCUGGAGGUGAAGAGGAAGAGAAGAAAGAUGAGAAGAAAAAGGAAAAGAAAAAUAAGAAACAAGAUGGAACUAUUGAGAAUCGCAACAAAGCUAAAGCCCAGGAUGGUGCAGCCAUGGAGAUGCAGCCUUUAAAGAGUGAAGAAGGUGGAGAUGGUGAUGAAAAAGACAAAAAGAAAGCAAAUUUGCCAAAAAAGGAAAAAUCUGUUUUACAAGGGAAACUUACAAAACUGGCUGUCCAGAUUGGGAAAGCAGGUUUGUUGAUGUCUGCCAUCACAGUUAUCAUUCUAGUAUUAUAUUUUGUAAUUGAUACCUUCUGGGUUCAGAAGAGACCUUGGCUUGCUGAAUGCACACCGAUUUACAUACAAUAUUUUGUGAAGUUCUUCAUUAUUGGGGUUACAGUUUUAGUGGUUGCAGUGCCAGAAGGUCUUCCACUUGCAGUCACUAUCUCACUGGCUUAUUCAGUCAAGAAAAUGAUGAAAGAUAAUAACUUAGUAAGGCAUCUGGAUGCGUGUGAAACCAUGGGAAAUGCUACAGCCAUUUGUUCAGAUAAAACAGGAACAUUGACAAUGAACAGAAUGACAGUUGUUCAAGCUUAUAUAAAUGAAAAACAUUAUAAAAAGGUUCCUGAACCAGAAGCUAUUCCACCAAAUAUUUUGUCCUAUCUUGUAACAGGAAUUUCAGUCAAUUGUGCUUAUACAUCAAAAAUAUUGCCACCAGAGAAAGAGGGUGGAUUACCUCGUCAUGUUGGUAAUAAAACUGAAUGUGCCUUGUUGGGAUUUCUCUUGGAUUUAAAACGGGAUUAUCAGGAUGUUAGAAAUGAAAUACCAGAAGAAGCACUGUACAAAGUCUAUACCUUCAAUUCUGUCAGGAAGUCCAUGAGUACUGUCCUGAAAAAUUCAGAUGGAAGUUUUCGAAUAUUCAGCAAGGGUGCAUCUGAGAUAAUUCUGAAAAAGUGUUUCAAAAUCUUGAGUGCUAAUGGUGAGGCAAAAGUAUUCAGACCAAGGGAUCGUGAUGAUAUUGUAAAAACUGUGAUUGAACCGAUGGCAUCAGAAGGCUUGAGAACCAUAUGUCUUGCAUUCAGAGAUUUUCCAGCAGGAGAACCAGAACCAGAGUGGGAUAAUGAAAAUGAUAUUGUCACCGGCCUUACAUGCAUUGCUGUUGUGGGCAUUGAAGAUCCUGUGAGACCUGAGGUACCAGAUGCAAUUAAAAAAUGUCAGAGGGCUGGAAUUACUGUACGGAUGGUCACUGGUGAUAAUAUUAAUACUGCUCGGGCUAUUGCUACCAAAUGUGGUAUUUUACAUCCUGGGGAAGAUUUCCUAUGCUUGGAAGGUAAAGAUUUUAACCGAAGAAUACGAAAUGAAAAGGGAGAGAUUGAGCAAGAGCGAAUAGACAAGAUUUGGCCAAAGCUUCGAGUACUUGCAAGAUCAUCUCCUACUGACAAACAUACUCUUGUUAAAGGUAUAAUCGACAGCACUGUCUCAGAACAACGCCAAGUUGUAGCUGUAACUGGUGAUGGUACAAAUGAUGGCCCAGCAUUAAAGAAAGCAGAUGUUGGAUUUGCAAUGGGUAUUGCUGGAACUGACGUAGCUAAAGAAGCAUCUGAUAUUAUUCUCACAGAUGACAACUUUACAAGCAUUGUUAAGGCAGUUAUGUGGGGACGAAAUGUCUAUGACAGCAUCUCAAAAUUCCUUCAGUUCCAACUUACUGUAAAUGUAGUAGCAGUCAUUGUUGCUUUCACGGGAGCUUGUAUUACUCAAGAUUCACCGCUUAAGGCUGUGCAGAUGCUGUGGGUAAACCUCAUAAUGGAUACACUUGCUUCCUUGGCUCUGGCAACGGAACCACCCACUGAAUCCCUCUUGCUUCGGAAACCUUAUGGUAGAAAUAAGCCUCUCAUCUCACGCACAAUGAUGAAGAAUAUUUUGGGUCAUGCAUUCUACCAACUUGUAGUAGUUUUUACACUCUUAUUUGCUGGAGAAAAGUUUUUUGAUAUUGAUAGUGGAAGAAAUGCUCCUUUGCAUGCUCCACCUUCGGAACAUUAUACUAUUGUUUUUAAUACCUUUGUGCUGAUGCAACUUUUCAAUGAAAUAAAUGCCCGGAAAAUUCAUGGUGAAAGAAAUGUGUUUGAAGGAAUCUUUAAUAAUGCCAUCUUCUGCACAAUUGUUUUAGGCACUUUUGUGGUACAGAUAAUAAUUGUGCAGUUUGGUGGAAAACCUUUCAGUUGUUCAGAACUUUCAGUAGAACAGUGGCUAUGGUCAAUAUUCCUAGGAAUGGGGACAUUACUCUGGGGCCAGCUUAUUUCAACAAUUCCAACUAGUCGUUUAAAAUUCCUAAAAGAAGCUGGUCAUGGAACACAAAAGGAAGAAAUACCUGAGGAGGAAUUAGCAGAGGAUGUUGAAGAGAUUGAUCACGCUGAAAGGGAGUUGCGGCGUGGCCAGAUCUUGUGGUUUAGAGGUCUGAACAGAAUCCAAACACAGAUGGAUGUAGUGAAUGCUUUCCAGAGUGGAAGUUCCAUUCAGGGGGCUCUAAGGCGGCAACCCUCCAUCGCCAGCCAGCAUCAUGAUGUAACAAAUAUUUCUACCCCUACACAUGUAGUGUUUUCCUCUUCUACUGCUUCUACUACUGUGGGGUAUUCGAGUGGUGAAUGCAUUUCGUAGUUCUUUAUAUGAAGGGUUAGAAAAACCAGAAUCAAGAAGUUCGAUUCACAACUUUAUGACACAUCCUGAGUUUAGGAUAGAAGAUUCAGAGCCUCAUAUACCCCUUAUUGAUGACACUGAUGCUGAAGAUGAUGCUCCUACAAAACGUAACUCCAGCCCUCCACCCUCUCCCAACAAAAAUAACAAUGCUGUUGACAGCGGAAUUCACCUUACAAUAGAAAUGAACAAGUCUGCUACCUCUUCAUCCCCAGGAAGCCCACUACAUAGUUUGGAAACAUCACUCUGAUUGUAAGCUGAAUGUUAACACACUAGCUGCAUUGUAAAGAAACAAAUUGAAACUGGGUCUUUUCACAUAUUGUGACGGACAAGAUAGUAUUCUUGUCUUUGGACUUCAACAGAAGACACACUUGUACGAAUGUAGAUUUAUUUUUUUAAAAAAAAAAAAAAGCAAAGCUUUCUGCCAGACUGAGGGUGCUUUUUGGGGGGUGGGAGAAAUGAACUGACAGAUAAACAGUAACUCAGUAUAAGUGACCCGUGGAUCAUCAGUAGUACCCAAGAAUGGUCCUGAACAGUGUAUUAGCAGAACUUUAGUUUAUCUUAGUCCUUGAUGGGAGAGAGGGAGGAGUAAAGCUGGGCCAGACGAAGAGCCCUGGAUCAUUGAAUUGAUACUUUAAUUUCUGCUGUUGGCUGUUAAUAAUUUGGAUUAUUUAUGUUUAUAAAUGAUACAGAUCUGUUUACAAGGUUUGUAGAUACUUUUUUUGUUCCUGUUCAUAGAUGGGAAGCUUCAUUAUAACUGAUGCAGAGAAAAAUUAGUCCUUCAAAUACUGCUGUAUUUUCAGGAAAAAAAAGGGGGGGGGUGUUUCUAUUGAAACUGUACUAAAUUUUUGCCUACAAUUUACCUUGUUAAAUAUUGUAGAUAAAUUGCUAAUACUAAUAGCCAAAUAGAUAACACUAAUGCUUUGUUUAAAAAAAACCAAAACAAAAAAAAAACAAAACAAACAAAAAAAAAAAACAUGAGCAGUGGUGUUCUAAUGAAGUUAUGGCAUCUGUCCUAAUUAGUUUCUUAAAUACAUUUACUACUUAAUGGUUUUGAAACAACUGUUUAAUUUUUAAAAUUUUUGAAAACUUGCUAAUAACCUUUUGUUCAGAAUUUAGUAGAUUGUUUAAUGCAGGACAUCAACUACACAAUGAAAGAGUGCUUGAAAUGCUUUUGUUAUUUCAGGCAAAUCAGAUUAAAUCAAACUAUCAAACUACAAGAGAACCUUAGUCCUUUUUGUUUUUGUCUAAAUAUGUUAGUUCAGUGAUGUCUUGGUGAACUGUGAGUGAACUGUAUUGAUUUUUCUAAUAAAUUCUUAGAGACCUUCAUACAGCAUGAGGGCUGUUGGCAUUUUGAAAAAGGUUAAUAAGUAGAAGCAUACAUGUUUUUCUUUUGUUUUUGAAACUUGUUUGUAAGCAUAAAUAAAUAUGCCCUUUUAUUAAAUAAAUACACAACAAUGUUUUUGACAUUUCAGCUUUCUUCCUCAGUUCUACAUAUAUGUCUGUCCUGUUAAGCCACAAUUGGAAUAAAUUUGAAGAUGGUGGCAAUCUAAUAGAAUCAGAUUAAGUGAAUGAUCACAAUCUUGCCAUUUAACAUAUUUUUCAUAGAACUUAGUUGGUCUAAAAUAGUCUCAUAGUUUAAAAAAAAUAAUGAUUACCAUUGUCUUUUAUACAAUUAUUUUAAUUCUUAAGUGGCCAAAUAACAAAUGGUAAAAUGAGAUUAUAAUAAUUAACCAUAUGCAGGAAUGCCCAUCUCUAAGCCAAUUGGAUUCCUUAGCUAUUUUCUUCCUGUCUGCCUUCUUCCCUUGUUUGCCUCUUGUCUUUACCCUGUAUAAACUGGCAUCGUGUUAGGGCCUAGCUUUCACCAGAUAUAUAAUCCUCAGGCUGUUGUGAAGUUUACGAGGACUACUCCAUCUGAGAGUGCUGACCCCGCAAAGAAAUUUAGUUGAUGGUGCUUGAUAUUUUUGGUGGGUGGGGGAAAUCCUUUUCUCUCCAUCAGUUUUUUGCAGUAAUCCUCUGCAAGUCUUAGAAACACAUUGGCUCUGUCAGCAUUUGUCAUUGUACAUUUAUUCAUCAGGUAUUUAUAGUGAUUCAUACUGUAAAAAGAGAGGCAUGAUAUGCUGGGAAGCAUAUUUAGACUAGGAGUCAAGACCUGGUUUCUAGUCUUGGUUUUGCCAUUAAUGUGCUGCAUGAUCUUGGGAAAAUCAUUUACCCUACAUGAGGGUGGUAGAUUAGACUCUACCUUGAAGAACCCUUUCAACUCUAAACAUUGACCCUAUCAACUGGAGAAGCCUACGUACAAGGCAUAGGGAAUAGAGAAAAGGGAAAUGUUUUCAGUUUUCUUUUUUAUUUUGGUUAUGCUUAAAUAUGAAUGUAAUUACCAAAAGAUUUAGAAGUGCAUGUGCUUUGGAGGAUUUGUAUUGAGCUUUUACAGUAUUCAUUUUUCAACUAAAGGCAAUGGCUUUUUACACCGACUCUAAUCCAUAAAUGGGUCUUAAGACAUCCAUGAAGUAGUAGCAAGACAUGCUUAAUGUGUAUUUCUCUUUGAGACACUGUAAUUUCUACCAGAAAUUUCCAGAGCAUUAUGUAAGUAGAAAAAAAAAAUGCAAGCAAGCUGUUAAAGAUCUUGGAUCCCAUUAUAUAGUAUGUAUAGCUGAAAUCAGCAUCUGUAAUUCAAUCACUUUUUCUCUUUUAUCCUCUAACCAAAAAAUUGUUUAAUUUUGCAUCCCAAAUGUUUUUAAUCUUUGUAUAUUUUUUAAAAAUCCUUUUCUCCUCAUCAUUGCCUUUUUUGUGGUUGUAAAUAGACUUACUUGCACUUUGAAGAUGAGUUACUCCUUGUCAUCUUACAAAUAUGUGAUAUGGUAAUUUUCAUAACAGAUGUCAGUUUUGAACCAAGAAAUGGUGAUUUGUUUAUAAGAAAAAAAAACUGGCUUCAUUUCUGUGAAAUUGCUCUUUGAAAAUUUCUUUUUACACGUGUAAGCCAACUGAGAUACCGUGAUGGUGUUGAUUUCUUUCAAUGAUGCUUACCAUCUAUUUUAGCCACUGAGCCUUUUAUUAUUUGUCUAUUUGUAAAGUUUAUUUGUCUUAACUCAUUUAAUAAAUAUACUGUUUAUCUGUUUCUGAA